UGUUCGAGUAGGACCUAUUUGGUGGAUGGACUGUUUACAAUCGCUGGCGAAAAUAACUUGUUCUGUCCUUUGCCAGCUACAUUCUCACAAAAACAUUUUUUUUACAGCACUGCCUCGACAAUAGCAUCACUUACAAUGGUUAAACUAAAGUAAACUAAGUUAUAGCAUUGUAUUAAGGAAGUAUUCAUCAUGAACCGAAGAGGAUGACAACCAUUUGUUUGCAGAGCAGCACAACUUCCUGAAGCCCAAUGAUGACAGAGCUCUGGGUCUGAUGAUGCGCAGUGCCAGGUCUGUCAUGGAGGACCUGGAUGACAUCAUCAUCUCGUACGGACAGAGUGACGAGUUCAGCUUCGUCUUCAAGUGGACCUCCAACUGGUUCAAGAGGAGAGCCAGUAAGCUGAUGACCCAUGUAGUGUCCCAGUUCUCCUCUUCCUAUGUGUUCUACUGGAGGGACUAUUUCGGAGACCAGCCCCUCCUCUACCCCCCAGGGUUUGACGGGCGGGUGGUUCUGUAUCCUAGCAACCGCAACCUCCGGGACUACCUCAGCUGGAGGCAGGCUGACUGUCAUGUCAACAACUUGUAUAAAGUGUUUUGGACGUUGGUGCAGAAAGGUGGACUCACCACUACACAGGCAGAGGAUAGGCUAAAGGGAACGUUGGCAGCAGAUAAGAAUGAGAUCAUGUUUUCUGAGUUUGAUAUCAAUUACAACAAGGAGCCUCUGGUCCACAGGAAAGGAACCACCCUCAUCUGGGAGAAGCUGGAAGAAACAGUGACCAAGACUGUGAAGCUCCCCAACGAGGAGGAGGAGGAGGAGGAGGAGGAGGUGCCAGUGACACGCACCAGGAGACGUGUCAGUGCCCACCACUGUGACGUCAUAGGGGACCAGUUCUGGGAGGAACACCCCCACAUUCUAGAAGAUGACAACUGCUGAGCGGAACUUUUCCUAGUAGAGCAGAAACCAGCACAGACACCGGCCCUCUGUGGAUUGGGCAUGGGCAAGUUGCAGCGGAGGGUGCAGAGUUGGUGGCCGGGGUAGUGGUAGCCAGGUGGAAAGCAUGGC